AUGGCGCUGGUAGCCUACUCCGACUCCGAAGCCUCAGACGCCGAAUUCGAUACCACCCCCGCGCCUCCCGUCGAAAAGUCCAAGAAACCCGAUGCAGGCACCGGCUUCCAGGUCGAUCGCGGCAACCCGCGCAAGAUUCGCGUCGCCCUACCGGACUUGAAACCGGAAAAUCCUACCGAUGCAGAGGAUGGUCCUGCACGCAAGAAGGCCAAGUUGGGAGGAGGCGCUGGAGGCGCAUUCUCGGGCUUCAACUCGUUCCUGCCUGCGCCCAAGCGGGUGGCCGAGAAGAAGGCGCCAGCAGCCACGCGCAAAAUAUUCAGCUUGAAGACCGGUGCUGAGCCUGGGUUUGAUCGCACGGCAGACGCGGAGAUGAGGAAUAGCCGGGCACUUGAUAAUGACACUGAUGCUGGCGACGGUAUCACCCCAGUCGCCGGCAGCUCGGACCAAUCUACGACUCCAUCGGACUUGCUUGUGAAGAAGACAGAGGUUGGAGAAGUCAAGCUUCAAGGAAACCCGAUGAUGUUCCGACCACUUUCUGUUGCGCGGAAUCAGAAGAAGAAAAAGACCACAAAAGUCGCCCCUCAGCCCACUCCCUCAGCACCGGCCUCCGUGGUACCAAAGCCAACGGAGGUCGCAGCAGAGCAGUCGACAGCACCAGCUUUUGCUCCUGCCCCUACACCGCCCAAACCAAAAGUCAGCCUUUUCUCGCUAUCAUCCGAGGACACAGCCACAACAGAGACGACUCCGGUGACCACGGGAACCUAUGAGCCCUUGGUCUACAAUACUGCGUCCGAGGCUGCGUCAGCGGACCCAGCGCUGGUAGCAGACUCGAUGCCUACAGAUGCAGCAUAUUAUCCGACCAACGCCUCUGUAUCAUCAUCCUUGGACACAAUCGCCAAUGACCUGAAUUUAUCAAAGUCGGAACGCCGACAAUUAUUCGGCCGCAAUGCCCCGUCGGCCGACUCCCGUAUUCUCACAUUCAACACCGAUAAAGAGUAUGCUUCGAACCAGGCUAUCGGUGAAGCUGAGAUGGCUGCUACACAGCACAAUCCUGUUCGUGCUAUUGCGCCUGGCAAGCACACCUUGCAGCAGUUGGUCAAUGCAGCCAGUAGUCAAAAGGAUGCCCUGGAGGAGAGUUUUGCUACUGGACGGAGGAACAAGAAGGAAGCGGGUUCCAAGUAUGGAUGGUAG